AUGGUGCCAUCACAAAGGGUUUCGUGGGUUGAGGGGACCUGGCCGACCAAAGAUAUAGUAUACCUUUCAAUCGUCGGUCCAUUGAUACUUGCAGCUCUGUUCGAGUGGUUUCUCUGGCUCAGCGCCUUCAUAUACUGCCUGAUCAAGGUGUGGAUGAAAGCAGACCAUUGGACUAUAAGAGUUCUCGCUGUGGUUAUGAUAUUCUUCUUUACAGUGGUACGACUGGCAUUCCUCCCAGUCAUGCUCGUGACACUGCCGUUACCACCACAAAUCACAGUUGACUUACCCCACAAGAUAGUGCAUGGGUUUCAAAUGUUCGCAUUCUGGGCCUUUUCUGUUCUUCUGAUCGGCCCAUGGCUAUUCUGUGUUUACGGUCUUACUACCAAUUCAUUAGGGAGGAAAAAGAGGAUUAAGCGAGUGCUUGAUGACCGGACAGCCCCGAAGACUGUGGUUGUGAUGCCAGUAUACAAGGAGGACCCAAGUGUCUUGAUCAAAGCCAUCAACUCCGUGGUUGACUGCGACUACCCUGCAAAUUGCAUCCAUGUCUUCCUUUCAUACGAUGGUGGCAAGGUGGACGAGCCGUAUCUCCGGGUCCUCGACCAUCUCGGUAUUCCGAUCACACUAGAGAGCUAUCCUCAGAGCAUCGACUGCAUUUACAAGGGUGCACGGAUCACGGUAUCUCGCUUCAAACAUGGCGGUAAGAGGCAUUGCCAGAAGCAUACUUUCAAGCUUAUCGACAAGGUUUAUGCUGAGUAUUUGAAGACACAUGACAAUCUGUUCGUUCUGUUCAUCGAUUCCGACUGCAUUCUUGAUCGAGUCUGCUUGCAAAACUUCAUGUACGACAUGGAACUUAAGCCAGGCAGCAAUCACGAUAUGCUUGCGAUGACAGGCAUCAUUACGUCGACGACGGAGAAAAACAGCUUGCUGACAAUUCUUCAAGACAUGGAAUACGUCCAUGGUCAGCUUUUUGAACGAUCCGUUGAGUCUGGCUGUGGUGCGGUGACUUGUCUCCCUGGCGCUUUGACUAUUCUACGCUUCUCGGCUUUUCGCAAGAUGGCCAAGUAUUACUUUUCGGACAAGGCUGAGCAAUGCGACGAUCUCUUCGACUACGGAAAAUGUCAUCUCGGGGAAGACCGAUGGCUCACUCACCUGUUCAUGAUUGGUGCCACGGAGCGGUAUCAAAUCCAGCUAUGUAUGAGCGCCUUCUGUAAGACCGAAGCCGUCCAGACCUUUAGUACGCUCUUGAAGCAACGCCGAAGAUGGUUUUUAGGUUUCAUCACCAACGAGGUUUGCAUGCUCACUGAUGCCAGGCUCUGGAAGCGGUAUCCCCUUCUGUGUCUGGUUCGAUUCAUGCAAAACACGGUCCGAACGACCGCACUGCUCUUUUUCAUCAUGAUCCUCGCACUCCUUACAACCUCAAAAAAGGUGGAGGAUCUUCCUGUGGGAUUCAUGGGGGUCUCUUUGGGGUUAAAUUAUUUACUCAUGCUAUACUUUGGCCUGCGUCUCGGACGCUAUAAAGCCUGGCUUUACCCACUCAUGUUCAUUGUGAACCCGUUCCUCAACUGGAUUUAUAUGGUCUAUGGUAUUUUCACAGCGGGCCAGCGAACUUGGGGUGGACCACGGGCCGAUGCUGCCACUGCUGAUGACCAUACCACGCCAGGAGAAGCAGUUGAACAGGCAAAAGAGCAGGGCGAUGAGUUCAACGUUGAUGUCGAUACGUUCCGCACCAGCCUUGUGCGACAGAGAUCUGUUCCCAUCCGCCCAUCGGAGAAUGUGGAAGGUCGAUUUGCACCUGCCAGGCAGCUGCUCGAUGGGUUUUAUGUCAAUACUGGGCCCGCGCUCGCGCGGAUGGUCGGCGCGAUGGGAACUUCCGAGAAUUCCCAGUACCAGUUACCUUCUCUCUUUCGCCAUUCAACUGACUCUGUGCCCAGUGCAUCGUCGGAUUGCGGCUCUAGCUCGGUUGCUACACCACAGAACGUGGAAAACCUCCUGAUGAGUGAAGAAGACCAGAAGAAGCUCUAUCAUUCUCGCCAAGGCCAGGCAUCAACGAGCUCGAUGAGCCUGGAUAGCCAAAAUUUGGAGAACCGCUUGAAUGAUGCUCUUCCGGCUUUGGUUUCCGCAUCCGAGCACGAGAACCUGGGACUCACCCACCCACCAGGAGCCUACCAGCCUGGACGUUUUGAAAAUAUGCCUCCAGCCUACACAGACCCCGAAAGAACGGUGCCCAGCAACUUGGCAGCGAAAUGA